ACGAGCCGCUGCCCGAGCGCUCGAGCCGCGGCGGCAUGGCGCAGCUGCAGGCGCGGUUCCGCACGCAGAGCCAGAGGUACGCCGUCGAGGAUGUGCCCUUCUCGGUGCCCGCGGCCUCCGAGGUCGGCGACCUCAGCAACCUCAUCAACAAGCUGCUGGCGGCCCGCGACGCGCACCACAAGCAUGUGGAGUUCGACUUCCUCGUGGAGGGCCAGUUCCUGCGGGUGCCGCUCGUCGCGCACGUGGAAACGGAGAACAUCCCCACGGAAGAAGUGGUGGAAAUAGAGUAUGUGGAGAAAUACAUGGCACCUCAGCCAGAGGAAUGCAUCUUCCAUGAUGACUGGAUCAGUUCUGUUCAAGCCACUGAAGAAUGGAUAUUAACUGGCUCCUAUGACCAGACUGCUCAAAUCUGGUCUUUGGAAGGAAAAUCCAUUAUGACAAUAGCUGGGCAUACAGAAGUGGUGAAGGACGUGGCAUGGGUAAAACAAGACAGUUUAUCAUGCCUAUUACUUAGUGCUUCUAUGGACCAAACUAUCCUGCUAUGGGAGUGGAAUGUGGAGAGAAACAAAGUGAAAGCCCUCCACUGCUGCAGGGGACACGCUGGGAGCGUAGACUCCAUAGCAGUUGAUUGCACAAGAACUAAAUUCUGCAGUGGAUCUUGGGAUAAGAUGUUAAAGAUCUGGUCUGCAGUACCUACAGAUGAAGAAGAUGAAAUGGAAGAGGCAGCUAACAGACCACGGAAAAAGCAGAAAACUGAACAGCUGGGACUCACAAGGACACCCCUCACAACCCUUUCUGGCCACACAGAAGCCAUCUCUUCUGUGCUGUGGUCAGAUGCUGAAGAAAUUUGCAGCGCAUCGUGGGACCACACCAUUAAACUAUGGGAUGCUGAGACGGGAGGUCUCAAAUCAACUCUGACUGGAAACAAAGUGUUUAAUUCUAUCUCCUACUCACUACUGUGUCGACGUUUAGCAUCUGGGAGCACUGACAGACAUAUUAGACUAUGGGAUCCUCGCAGUAAAGAUGGUUCCUUGGUUCUCCUGUCUCUGACUUCUCACACAGGCUGGGUGACAUCUGUGAAGUGGUCACCCAUCCACGAGCAUCAGCUAAUUUCAGGUUCUCUGGACAAUAUUGUGAAGCUUUGGGACACAAGGAGUUGCAAAGCUCCUCUGUAUGACUUGGCUGCUCAUGAAGACAAAGUUUUGUGUGUGGACUGGACAGAAGCAGGGUUGCUACUGAGUGGCGGUGCAGACAACAAACUGUACUGCUACAAAUACCCAGCCGUAGCCUCUGAUGUUGGAGCAUGAAGGUCAACAGCUAGAAGAUUUGUAAAAGAUACUUUGCAGCAGUCCCUCUCUCUUGGCUUCCCUACACAACUAACCUCUGAAGACAACAGUUUUCUGUAGCUCAGAGAGCAGCUGUUUCUAUUUUUUUUAAUUGGUAACCUAUAUCCAUAUUUAUAAUGGAGGAAGGGCAAAAAGCAGCUUUAAACAAGAUUAGUGCGAAACAAAAAAUCAGUCUUCCCUCCCUUUUUGAUGAGCAAACAUGGCAUUGAAUUAACAUCUUUUCUCUUGUAAGAAGACUGUACAAAACCUACUGCCAUGUAUUAAAAAGUCAACUGUUUCUGAUAUUUGCAGAAAAAUUACUCAUUGGACUAAAUUAUUUUUUAAGUUUACCCAUUUUUUCCUUAAAAUAAAGUUUUUAUCUAUA